AUGGCUGCCAUUACCGGAUCCUUCGCUGUCUCAAGCUCUAUUUGUCCACCUCCAUCACUUCCGGCAUCUCCUUUACUCAAUUCCUCUCCUUGUCUCUCCAGAUUCACCAAUGCAUCUCCGUUUCCCGCGCUCUCUGCCUCUCGCCGGAGAAGGAUCCCGUUGAUUCCGGCGUGUUCUUCGAUAAGCGACGGAGAUGAAUCGGUUGAAGUAAGAGAUGGUGAUGAUGAGAUUAAAGAGACAUUGAUGCUAUCAGUCUCUCCUCUGCCUCUCCUCCUCGUUGCUUCUCUCCCUGGAGCUGCAACUGUAAGAUCUGUUAUUGGACCCUUUGUGGAGAUUGUAAAAUCCUUGAAUCUUCCUGACUGGCUUGUUCAUUGGGGUCAUCCAGGGAACAUGGCAGUGGUGCUUUUUGCAAUGGGUGGCUAUGGAACAUAUCUAGGCUUCCGGAUUCGUUAUUCAGAUGACAUUGAGGAGAAGGCAAAGGCAAAAGACCUUCACCCGAAGCUUCUAGCCGGAAUGUUCUUCUUUUUCGCCGCUGGAGCAACUGGUGGUAUCACAUCCCUUCUUACCUCCGACAAACCCAUCUUCGAAAGCCCGCACGCUGUUUCAGGAUUCAUAGGUCUUGCUCUCUUGACGAUUCAAACAGUCUUACCAUCUUUGUUCAAGGACAAACCGGAGCUGAGGAGCGUGCACGGGAUUCUCGGGAGUGGGAUAAUGACGCUAUUCGUCGUCCAUGCUGCUCUUGGCCUCCAGCUCGGUCUUAGUUACUGA